GUUUGCAGAUUGCCUUCAGAGAGCCAGUAUUCUCCAACUUUCUUGCUCAAACUCAUUCAUACCUGGAGUAAGUAUCCCAGGUAUUUCCCCUUGCUGGCCAAGCAGCAUCCAGAUAACCCAGAGUGUGAUAUACUCUCAAAUGUGUUUGCUGUACUGUCAGCCAAGAAUCUGUCUGAGGCCACAUCCAGUCUUGUGAUGGACAUAGCUGAUAGCCUUCUCAACAGCCCAGAUUUUGAACCCACGGAGCAGGUUUCCCAUUUGAGCGUGACUGACUGUGUUGUCAUGGCCCCUGGAGACAUGACAGAAGAGACCCUCAGCCUGGGUUGUCGCUUGGUACUGCCUCAUGUUCCUGCCAUACUUCAGUACUUCAGCAAAACAAUGUUAAAUGUGGAAAAGGUGAAAAAGAAGAAGUAUAGAGCUCAAGUCAGCAAAGAGCUGAGUAUACUUUCCAAGAUCAGCAAAUUUACACAAGAAAAGAGCCAGAAUUCAGUGCUUGUGAGUCUUCUCCUCCCUUUCCUUUAUCAGAGUAACAUGGAGCAGGGUACAGAGAUUGACAUUCUGGAGACAGUACAGAACUUGCUGAAACAUUGCUCAAACCCUACCAGCUUUCUCAAGCCUCUGGCAAAACUUUUUUCUGUCAUCCAGAGCAAACUGUCUCGACAUAAGUUGUGCUUGGUAUUUCAGACUUUAUCUGAUUUGGACAGUGAAUUGGAGUAUAUUACUGAUGUUGUUAAGCUGAAUGCCUUUGAUAAACGACAUCUCGAUGAUAUCGACUAUGAUGUGCGGCUGUCAGCAUUCCAGUCAAUCACAGCCCACAUCAAGGAAAUGCAAGCCGUGGAUGUCAACUUUCUCAUCCCCGUUAUGCACAACUGCUUCUAUACCAUCCAGCUCGGGGAUAUGGCUCUCAGUGACAAUGCAAGCCUUUGCUUGACCACUUUUAUCAAACGACUGGCAGAAAUUAACCACACAGAAGAUGACUACAAGGAGCUAAUCCAACACACUCUCCUGGAAUUUCUAAGAAGAGGGCUGAAGAGUAAGACUGAGAGCGUCCAGCACGACUACACAUCACUGCUUUCCUGCCUCAUUCAAACAUUCCCAGCAAAUCCCGAAUUCCGGGAUUUGGUCCAGUUGACCAACCGUCAUGAUCCCGACAUGGACUUCUUUGAGAAUGUGAAACACAUGCAGAUCCACAGGAGGGCACGAGCUCUGAGGAAACUGGCUAAGCAGCUCAUGGAAAAAAAGCUUGUGCUGUCUUCUAAAUCCCUGCAGAACUACAUCAUGCCUUAUGCUACUACUGCCAUUUUUAGUGAGAAAAUGCUCAAGCAUGAAAAUAUGGUAACGGCCUCAGUUGACAUUGUUGGAGCUGUCUGCCGACAUCUCUCAUGGUCAGCGUACUUGUACUACUUAAAGCAUUUCAUCCAUGUCCUGCAAACAGGACAGAUCAGCCCAAAGCUGGGGGUCAGCUUGUUAGAGACAGUGCUGGAAGCCUUUCACUUUGACCAUGAAACACUUGAAAAGCAGCUGCUGACCAUUGACAGCGAAGAGGCUGCUGCCAUGGACCUUGAGCCAGUGGUGGAGGCUGAAGAAGCCAUGGAGCUAGAGCAGAGUGAACAGGAAGAGAAGGUGGUUGAAGAAAAUGAAGGGGAGAAUGUCCCUGAGAAGCCAGUAGAACCUGACCAAAGACCUGAGACAUGUGAAAAUGCUGACCAAGUGACUAAACCUGUUUCUUUCUUACCCCAAAAUAAAGAGGAGCUGGAGUGUCUCAUUAAACACAUUCAAGAUACAGUUACAGUCAACAUCUUGCCUAAAUUGCACCGGUGUAUUGUUGCAAAGGUUAAAAGGGAUGAGGAGCACAAGCUUGUGAAGUCCAGCAGUGUGAAUGAUGAUGAGGUAGUUCGUGUUCCGUUAGCUUUUGCCAUGGUCAGGAUGAUGCAGUGUCUUCCUCAGGAAGUGAUGGAAGCCAACCUGCCGAGCAUCCUGCUGAAAGUCUGCACGUUCCUGAGGAACAGAUUUCAGGAAAUACGGGACAUUGCCCGUAACACCCUCACUAAAAUCAUGGAAGUGUUGGGAGUGCAGUACCUUCAGUACAUCUUAAAAGAGUUGCAGUCCACUCUUGUCCAUGGGUACCAGCUUCAUGUGCUGACUUUCACUGUGAACCUGUUGCUGAAGGGCCUUACUGCCAGGCUGAGUGCUGGUGAUUUGGAUCCCUGCUUAGAUAUCCUGAUUGAGAUUUUCAACCAAGAAUUGUUUGGAAAUUUAGCUGAAGAAAAGGAAGUGAAGGGAAUUGUCUCCAAGGUCAUGGAAGCACGCAAGAACAAGAGUUACGAUUCCUAUGAAAUUCUUGGGAAGUUCAUAGGGAAGGGCCAGGUGAUGAAACUUAUCCUGCCACUGAAAGAG